UAUAUUUUUGGAGCCGUUUUCUCUUACAUAUAUCGGUGGUCAAGGAAGGUCACUCGCGUGUCUCUGUGUGUGUUCCGCCUUUCUCUGAAGCUUCAGAUACAGCAAAAGAUCAAACACUGAAGAGGAAGCAUGGCAGCCAAUAGGGGUCAAGGUGGAAUCCAACAAUUGCUGGCUGCAGAACAAGAGGCUCAACACAUUGUCAAUGCUGCCAAAAGUGCAAAAAUGGCAAGACUGAAACAAGCUAAAGAAGAGGCUGAAAAGGAAAUUGCUGAAUAUCGGGCCCAAGUGGAGCGUGAGUUCCAGAGGAAACUUGCAGAGAGCAGUGGAGAUUCAGGUGCAAAUGUUAAGCGGCUUGAACAAGAGACUGAGGCAAAGAUCUGUAAACUAAAAGAAGACGCUGCAAGGAUAUCACAAGAUGUAGUUGCGAUGGUUCUGAAGCAUGUGACAACUGUGAAAAAUUAAGUCUGUGGAUGGUAAAGGUGAUAUUGCAAACUCCUAGAUCUUGUUAAUUAUGGACUGGUUCUUCAUGGACCUUAGACUGCUUGUGUGUUUUGAAUAGGAUUUCUUGUUCUGGUAAUUGUUAUGCUGUGUACUGUACUCAAAGAAUGCCAUAAAUGCCUUCUAUGUUAGAAAGAAUAAUAUCCCUCAAAUUCUUGCCA